AUGUUGAGACAGUUCCUGAUCACAAUUGCACUCAUACUAUCCUUUGUUACUGCCACCACCACCACAUCUUUCCAAAACUUAUACAAUUUUGAACCAACAUGGGAAAAUCUUCAUUAUACACGUUCAGUUGAUUUGAAUCGAGGAUACGUUAAAGAAACUGAUUUAAUCGAUUUGAAAAACAUUGCUUCUACUCCACAAGCUGAAUACUAUUUCACCAUUAAUGAUGGGUUUGAUAGUGUUGGUAACAUUUCUUAUUUUGUUGUGGCACUGAUUGAUCAAUCGGUUGAAAUUGCCUUUGAAGAAAUUGUUGCCGGUCAGAUCUAUAAGUUGCAAUUACCAGCUCCAGUGGCACCUGGGUCAAAUAUUGAAAUUGAGAUUAGUUAUGUUUAUACCAAUACUUUGGAACCUAUUCCUAAAAAACUCAAAUUGGAUGAAUUACAACAAUUGUUGUACAAGACGAAUAAAUUUCCUUAUUCGCCGUAUGUAACCAAGGAUUAUACUUUUGUGUUAACAGGUAUGACCAAAGGUCAAGAAAUGCAAUUGAACUUGGAUGAUGUUGCUGAAUCUGUUCUUGAAACAAAAGAUACCCCGGAGUUGAAACCUAGAGUUGAUCAAGAUACGUUGAAAUAUGGUCCAUUGGUCCAUGACAUUGAACCAUUUACGUUGAAACCAAUGGGGUUAAUGUAUGACCAUAACCGUCCAUUGACUAGAGUGCUCAAUUUAAACCGAUCAAUUUGGUUGCCUGCAUCAGACAUCAACCGAGUUUCAAUUGAAGAGUACUAUGAAAUAACCAAUGCUGGAGCUGAACUAUCAUCAGGAUUCUCGCGUUUGGAAUGGUUAAAGGGAAGAUAUGAAGCUACAAGAAACCAUUGGGGUUUAAGCCACUUGGAAAUCCCUCUCAAGGGUCGUAAUAUGGAUGAUUAUUACUAUACAGAUAAAGUUGGUGUUGUUUCAAGUUCGAAAAACAUUGCCAAUUUCCUAAUCUUGCAACCUAGAUUCCCUCUUUUCGGCAACUGGCAUUACAAUUUCACUUUGGGGUGGUCAGAAAAUUUGGAUUUAUUCCUUCACAAGAUAGACAACAAGCAAGCUGGCAAUGAUGAAUAUAUUAUCAAGUUUCCCCUCUUGAAUACGGUUCGUGAUGCCACUUAUGACGAUGUCUAUAUUGACUUCUAUUUACCUGAAGGUGCUGAAUUUAUCAAUGUGUCAUCAUUACUUCCAUAUGAAUCAGUGAAUGUUGACAAUGAGUUGUCAUAUUUGGAUGUUUCUAAAGGUCAUGUUAAAGUCACAGUACACUUCCAGAAUUUGUUUGAUGAUUUACAAAAAGUGGACUUGUUUUUGAUCUAUAAAUAUAGUCCAACUAACCUUUAUGUUAAAGUGGGUAAAAUCGCCGGAUUUGUGUUUGUGGGAUUGAUUAGUUAUUACUUGUUGAAUAUUUUAUAG